GAAGGAGAACAUGUUCUGUGUCUGAAAAGCCAGUGCAGAAAACACAUACAGCAAAUAAUGUGCCUGCAGCUUUACUGAAGUGAUUUUUUCAGCUCUGCUAAUAGUGGAAAGGGAAGAAAUAAAGCAAUGCUGCAGGCACUGACUGGACUACAGUUUCAGCUCAGAGGAAAGCUACAGGAUCAAAAGUGGACAGACAAGCACCCUCGAGAAGAAGCCCAUGCACAUUAUUCACAGUGUCAUAUGCCAGUUUCACAGUAUCCUGGGUUCAAUGGAUUUUUUCCAGUGGGAACACACUUUUCAUCAGACAAAGCUCCAGCAAUCUCAGAGGUACAAACACACUUGGAAAAUCAGUCUAGGUACCACAUACAGCAAAGCCAGAGGCACCAGGUGAAGCAGUACCUGACCCUCGAUACCAAGCUGUCCAGCCAGACGCUCUCCCUGUCACACUCCCACACAAUCCAGCCUGUGGGAGUGACCUCCAUUUUAAGAAGUGGACACAUGCCUCCCAUCAGCGACAUUGGCACACCAGAAAGCCCUGUUACCAAGCUGCUGGCCCUUGGCGGAGAGCAUGAAAAUGCGAUGGAAGAGGUGAUUGAAGACAUAAUCAAUAUGGAAUCAAGUUUUAAUGAUGAAGGGAUAGGUUGUUCUGAAACUCCUCUACUAAUGCAAAGAACUCUAUCUAGCAGCAUUUUGGAUAUAUAUAACAGUGACCAGGGAAUGGCACCUGCUAAUAUGGGUCUCACAAAUGCUUGCUCAGCUAAUCUACCAGUAAAAAGGGAACUCACAGAAGCAGAUACACGAGCAAUGGCAAAGGAGAGACAAAAAAAGGAUAACCAUAAUCUCAUUGAGAGGAGAAGAAGGUAUAAUAUUAAUUACCGAAUCAAGGAGCUUGGCACACUCAUCCCCAAGUCUAAUGAUCCUGAUAUGCGCUGGAACAAAGGAACUAUUUUAAAAGCAUCAGUGGAGUACAUCAAGUGGCUACAAAAAGAACAACAGAGAGCCAGAGAAUUAGAACACAGGCAAAAGAAAUUAGAGCAUGCUAACAGAAGACUUCUACUCCGAAUUCAGGAACUGGAAAUCCAGGCACGUGCACAUGGCCUUCCAGUCAUAUCUUCACUCAGUGCUGUUGAUUUAGCUGCACAGGUCAUCAAGCAACAGUCUUAUCCAGAGGAGAACUCUGUAGAUUACUCUCAACAAAUGCCUCUAGCACAUGAGCAAAAUUCUGAUGUUUGUGAUGGAUCUACAACCUUUUCCGAUCCGCUUUCACAUUUCACAGAUCUAUCCUUCAGUGCAGCUUUAAAAGAAGAGCAACGACUAGAAGAAAUUUUACUGGAUGAUACGGUGUCUCCAUUUGGAACAGACCCACUCUUGUCCUCCACAUCCCCAGCUGCAUCAAAAGAGAGCAGCAGGAGAAGCAGCUUUAGCACAGAUGAUGGAGAUGAUUUAUAAAAUCAGAAAGGUCCUCAUACUUCUCUAAAAGACUGAGUUGUACUUAAGCAUGGUGUUUGUGCUUAUUUCAUAUAUGAAUGAGAGCCACUGUGAAGAUAAGUUACUACAUGACAAGGGUGUUAAAUCAGCCCUUACUUCACAGGAAAAUGAGAUGGACAUGAACUCACAUCACUUUGCUCCAAAUUUACACCCUCUGUUCACAGAUGACAUUUGCACAAAUCUUUCUUCACUGGGAACGUUUUUACUGUCAUUCCAGGACGUUUUACAGCACUAUGAAAAUGGUUGCCACAAAAGGAAUACCCAUGUUACGAAAGUGUAUUCAAACUCUCUCUUCAAUCUCUGUUCACAUUUCUCUGAUAUAAAGAUGAGUUUUAGUAAUUUGCUUAAUUCUUUUUUCUGUAUAACUAAAAAUUCUACAAAACAUGAAGCAACAGGGAACUAUUUAAGCUGGGAACUGUAGAGAUUUUACAGGUUUUAAAAUCUGAAAGAAACAGAUGGUAAUGCUUUCACACAAGUGAAGUGAGCAUGAAAUUUAAACUGUGUAGGCUUCUCUUUAAAAUCAGAAAAUCUAUUAAGCUUUCCAUGGUAUUCCAUUUUUUUUAAAUUUCAUUUGUAAAAAAAAAAACAGACUUGUAAUAUAUAUAUUAAUAAUACAGAAGAAAAAAGGAAAGUAACAUAAUGACAGAGACUAAAACGAACUAAGACAGCAAAGGACAUGACAUUUCAGCAGAAAGACUGCGUGGAUGCACAAGACUCCACAAAGAUACUCUGGGUUACAAUUAACACAAUUUAAAACAAGCACUGCUGGUCACAGUGCUAUGUCAGCUGCUUAUUCCAAGAAUAUUAAAACUGUGUCCCUUUUUGUGUGGAAGAGAUCAGAAUUCAGAGUCACAGCACUGUGCUUCUAGGCAAUGCUCUCAGUGUCCUUUGGUAGUACAGUAAGGUUUAUCCAAAGGGACUCUAUUUUAUCUAUACAUAUGCCUUUUAUCCGUAUGAAAAUGGACAGGAAUUACAAGAUUCCCAUCGCAUACACUUGAAACAAAGAGAAUGUAAUUUCAGAUUU